AUGGCUGACAAAUCAAGAAGACAUGAAGUUGUAGAAUAUACUCUUAAAAAGAAACAUGCUGUUAUUCUUCCAUCAUGUCUAACACACGAGAAAAAUCAAUGCGAGACAUACUGUCAAGACUGUGAAAUACACAUCUGUAUUCAGUGCUUGAUUGGAUCACAUAAAAAGCAUGGGAUUAUUGACAUCAAUGAUAUUCUUCAAAAGCAAAGACUUGAAAUUGAUGCUCAUACAAAAGAACUGGAAAAUACCAUUCUUCCAAAGUACAAAAAUAUCAACUCAUCUUCAAACACUACAAAUUUCGAUAAAGUUCUGACAACCAUAAAAGAACAAGAAGAUAAAAUCUGGAAGUCCGUGCGUGAAACUGGGGAAGACUCCGAUAAAAAAACUGGGAAACUGAAAAUGUUGGAUGAACCUGUGGUACUAAGCACACUACAAAGUCCUUAUGGACACCCUAAUAUAUAUUUUCAGAUGUUUGGUCGUUUUCCAGAACUCUGGAAAGUGCAGUGUGUCGGAAGGGACAUGAUCUUGACCAGUGGAAAUGACAAAACAAUCAACCAGAUUGACAUGACUGGGUCCAGUUUAAAAACAAUUCAUACAAAUGAAAAUGUGCUGGCAUUGACAACUAAUUCACAACAUGAACCAGUCUUUUGUUUAAGUAAUGCUCGUCAAACGAAUACAGACAUUUAUAUUUAUAAUAAGAUUAAGGUGAAUGUAUUAUUGAGCACAGUUGACUGGUUUCAUGUUGGUAUUUGUUAUUCAGCAAACGGAAAUCCACUUGUAAGCAUGCGGUCUAUGGAUAGGGCACAGAGUCGAGUAGUGAGAUAUUCAGGGACCACCGAAAUUCAGAGCAUUCAGUAUGACAGUCUGAGAAAAGAUUUGUUUUCUACUAGUGUCACAAAGGCUGUUUUAUUGACUGAGAAUAGGAAUGGUGACAUUUGUGUUUAA